AUGCCUUUCUUCUGCCAGAAAGCUCUCUAUCAUAAACUAGUCUCCAUAUGGCUUUGUCCUAAAGGAACAAAAAGAAUUAAUGGAAGUUCAGUUUCCAACAACAGUGAGGCACUGUCUUUCCGCUGCAGGCCGGCUCCCCGGCUGGGGACACCCCGCUGCAGGGAGCGGUACCACAUCCCCCUGAGCAGCUCCGGAGGAGCGGCCGCUCCCACUCACCGCCCCGUCGGCCCGGCGCGACCCCCAGCUCUCUGCUGCAACGGCCGCGGGACGAACGGCUCCAUCCCCUUCCGGGGCCGAGCGCCGCUCUGCCUGCUGGGAGUUGGAGUUCGGGCCGGGCGCCGGCGCUCCACACUCGGGACACAGCCUCGGCCUCCGCGGGCGCAGUGCUCGAGGAGCGGAGCAGGGGAGCGGCAGGCGGAGCUGAAGGUGCUGCUUCAAAAUGUGCAAAGUUUGUCUACCUCUGUCCAGAGCAAGUGGGACUUGAAGUUUCUCUUCAGAAGACUGUUCAAGACUGUUCACCAGGAGAUUCCCAAGACCGGACCAUGCUCCAUCCCGCACCUUUUACCUACACACAGUGAAUGUGAUGGCUGCUGCUUGGAUGCUGCUUCACAGCUGCUACAAGGUGAAUCCCAAGGGCCUGCUGGGCCCCAGGUAUCGCAGAUCCUGGUCUACUCAUGCAGUAAUUCCCAGGGAAUCCAGGCCCUGCUGCCAGCUUCUGCUCCAGGGAACUGUUGCAGCCUGCAGUCCUGGAAGUGCCAUGUCCAGGUAUCGCAGCCCCCUCCUUCCUGGUGCCACAGGGAUAUUGAGAGACCACCAGCUAUUCACGAGUCUUCACAGAAGUAAAAGUAAACGCCAUUUAUUUCUAUCUUUAGCACACCUUUUAUAGGGUUUUACAGGGUCUGCGGGCUAAGCAAGUUCCUAUUGGCUAAUUCACACAGGUUUACAUUUUCUUCUCCUGUACACAAGGAUAUUGUUUUGCCUUAUUCUCUCUCCUGCAGGAAAGUUCCAAGGACUUUAAUAUCAUGACUUAUUCCAGAAGCUGGUUUGUGCAGACAGGCCUUUACUAAUAUAUCAUGCCCACCUUCUGUUAAAAUAUUAUCUACACAGGGAUGGCAGCAGCACUGUCCUCCGUGUGUCCUCCUGCUGGGUUUUUGGGAGUGUAGGGUCCCUUGGUGCGCCCUAGUACACCUGGGCUAGGUGCUCAGCUGGUUCUUGUCCCUCCAGAGCUCCUUCCUACUCCACGAUCCAAGUGUCACAGCCCCCUCCCUUGUAGUGCCACAAGGGUGGCAGUGACUGUGACCAUGUCCCCCCAUGGGGUUCUUCAGUGCUUCCCAACACACCCAUGCUAGGUACUCACCUGUUUCUUUCCCAGAGUGUGGCUAGCCUGAUGGAGUAAAGACAGCAUGAGAUGAAGGAGAACAAGUGCAUGCUGUGGCUGGGGGUGGCCUGGUGUGGUGGGUCCAGAGCCUCCACUGCCAUGUCCAUGAGUCUAUGUUCCA